GAAGUGGCGGCUUUGUGUCACACAUGCGUACCGACAGAGUGAAUGGCACACGGGCGCAGAAGUGACUCCGAGGAGAGCGGAGAGAGAGGCAGAGAGAGCGGAGAGCCAUACCAGAGCUGAUCCUCGGCAGCUGGGUAAAGCCUUCGCAGGGGGGAGAAAGAGAGAGAGAGAGAGAGAGAGAGAGAGAGAAAGAGUGGAAGAAGAGACGCUCGUGGAGAAGAUGAGCAUGAAACCCGUGGGAGGUUAUAGUAUCAAACCACCGGUGCCCACUCUAUAGGACUCGCGGAGGAGUCACGGGAGGCGUGAAUUUGGCUCAGUUGGGGGGGAAAGUUCUGCAGCUGUGCAUGACAAUGGUCAUAAAUGGGUCUCACCUGAACAGCUCUGCCCGGGACCCCAGUGAGGUCGUGCUGAGCCGCCCGCCGUGGGUCACCACAACUUUGGGCUGCUUUCUCAUCUUCACCAUCGUCGUUGACAUCCUGGGGAACCUGCUGGUCAUCUUCUCCGUGUACCGAAACAAGAAGCUCAGGAACGCAGGGAACAUCUUCGUGGUUAGCCUGGCAGUGGCAGACCUGGUAGUGGCCAUCUACCCGUACCCUUUGGUCCUCACCUCCAUUUUCCACAAUGGCUGGAAUCUCGGUUAUGUUCACUGCCAGAUCAGCGGCUUCCUCAUGGGUGUCAGCGUCAUCGGCUCCAUCUUCAACAUCACCGGCAUCGCUCUCAACAGAUACUGCUACAUCUGUCACAGCCUCAAAUAUGACAAACUUUACAGUGACAAAAACUCAGUGUGUUACGUGAUUUUAAUAUGGGCACUGACUGUGGUGGCGAUCGUGCCCAACCUGUUUGUGGGUUCACUCCAGUAUGAUCCACGGGUUUAUUCCUGCACCUUCGAGCAGUCCGCCAGCUCAGCGUACACAAUCGCAGUGGUAUUUUUCCACUUCAUACUACCCAUUAUGAUUGUCACCUACUGCUACCUGCGCAUUUGGAUAUUGGUUAUACAGGUACGAAGACGGGUCAAGCCCGACAACCGGCCCAAGCUGACACCAAACGACGUCAGAAACUUUGUCACAAUGUUCGUGGUGUUUGUGCUUUUUGCUGUUUGCUGGGCGCCGCUCAACUUCAUCGGCCUGGCCGUGGCAAUCAAACCAGAGGUUGUGAUUCCCCUCAUCCCAGAGUGGUUAUUCGUGGCCAGCUACUUCAUGGCUUACUUCAACAGCUGCCUUAACGCCAUAGUAUAUGGCGUGUUGAACCAGAACUUCAGGCGGGAGUACAAACGCAUUGUUGUGUCAGUGUGUACAGCCCGCAUCUUCUUCCAGGACAGCUCCAACGAUGCAGGGGAGAGACUGAAAAGUAAACCGUCACCGCUCAUGACCAACAAUAACCAGGUCAAGGUGGACUCUGUCUGAACCUGAACUGAGAGACUGGAUCGUUUAUGCUGGAUUUGGGAGUGUAUCUAGUUUUAAGGCUGACUGUCAAAAAUACCAAAUGUAAACAUAAAACAGCUUCUGUCCUUUGGGCUUUCAAGACUGUCACACUGUACGGUGCUAUCUGACCUCUGAACAAUCACAGUAAAAACAGGGGUUUAUCUAUUCUUUGUCUUUUUAUCAAGCACUUUGUUUGACUCUGCAGUACUCGUAGUAAAGUAACUAAAUAACGUCCGUUUUUCUUUCAUAUUUACAUUGAUGAAAUUAAUGUAUCACUCACUUUAUUAUCAAGUAUUAAUUUUGUUUAACACACACACACUACCAGUCAAAGGCCUGGACACACCUUUGUAAUUUAUCGACUUUCGCUUUUUGUCAAUAUUUCCAGCAUUGUAGAUACUUAGUGAAGGCAUCAAAGCCAUGAGGCUAAGGUAUAUAGACUGAAAACAUCUCUAAUAUUUUAGCUUUUUCUAAAUACUUCCACUUUGUUUUGGUUACUGUCUUGGUCAGUCUUGGCGAUGAGCUUCUGUGAUAGUUUUAGUCACCUGAAAGGGUUUUCCAACAGUCCUGAUGGAGUUCCCAGAGGUACUAAUAAAAUUAAAGACAAAUCACUGAAUGAGUAGAUGUGUCCAAACCUUUGACUGGUAGUGUAUAUAUGUAGUUAAGCCCAAAAUCAUGCGAACUCUUGGCAUAUUUAGAUUGUGAAACAUUUAACCAAUACGUUUGUUACAAGCAGGAAGUGAAACAGGCAUUUCAAA